AUGUUCUCCCGUGUCUUCAUCGCCAUCCUUGGCUUCACGAUCGCCCUUUGCCAGGCUGGGUCCGACGGAUCCUAUCAGCCGACUCCUCAACGCUUCAAGUACUGGGGAUGUGCCACUGUUGACGCUGCUGGUUUCAGCAACCCGGUUCCCCUUCCCAAUGGUGUCUUGACUCCCGAGAUGUGCAAAGCUGCUUGUGCCUACCACAUGUUCGCUGCUGUAUCCCCUGGUGCCUGCCGCUGCGGAGACAAUCCCAACGCCAUCAAGGCUAUCCAUGAAGGCUUCUGUAACAACCCAUGCAACGAAUCUCCCAACUCUCCCACGUGUGGAGGCGGCUGCCCUGAGGACGGUGAUACCGGUAUCUCGAACCUCUUUGUCAUCCAGCCUGCAAUCGUCCAGCCUGCCGGGUCUCAAAUCGAGCCGGGAAAUCAGAGGAACCAGCUUGAACCAUCAACAGUCCUCGUUCCCGUCUCUACUGUGGUGGAGUCAUUUGCUUCAGCUGCACUUCCAUGGCAAACCUCCUCCUCAUCAGUAGUACCAACACUCCCACCAGGACAGGUUCCAGUUCCUUCAUCAUCAGCUACUGCCCAAGGACCCCCUCAGGGUGGAAGCCUUCUUCCUUCAUCUGGCUUUGUUCCCGUCGAUCCACCCACUACUUCUGUAGGCCGGGUUAUGGCGACUAUCACGUCCACCGUUCACGUUCAACCCAGUCUCACUUGGCCGGAUGAUGAACCUCCAUCAACCCCAGGAACCCCAGUGGUAGAUCCAGUCUCAGUUUCGGAGGGUACCGGAGUUGUUUCCACGUCUGCAUCCGAAUCCUCUCUCGCUGGUGAGACCCUAUUCACAGAUUCGGACCCUUUGCCUACCACCUCUUCAGCUGUCACAGAAGUGCCUAUGUCAGAGGCAAAUCACUUCGAAAUCAAGUUUACUCGUUUGAGAGUGAAGGACAAUGACAGCGCUCGACAUGCUUUUUGGAAUGACAAAAUGCAGUCGGGAAUAUCAGCUUCUCAGGAGCUCCAGAACGAGUUCAACUCGUUGCUGUCGAACGACACCUUUGGACUCCUCGCAACCAUCGAGAAGGAGUCCAUGGUCCCCAUCACCACGAUCCCUUCCAAGUCGAGCUCUUUUUCUGAUAACCUUUCCGGCCUCGAGCCUCACCUUAAGACCGAUACCGCCCUCUACAUUAUUCUUCGUCGUCACGAAGAUGCUCCUCGAUUCAUAGCCAUCACCUACGUCCCCGACUCGGCGAAGGUCCGCCAAAAGAUGUUGUUUGCUUCAACUCGCUUGACCUUUGUUCGUGAGUUGGGUACAGAACAUUUCCGAGAGACCAUCUUCGUUACGACACCCGAGGAGCUGAGCGCCAAGGGCUUCGAGAAGCAUGAUGCGCAUAAUAAGAUGGCUGCCCCUCUCACCGAGGAGGAGCAGCAAUUGGGCGAGGUCAAGCGUGCUGAGCAAGAGGCUGGUUCAGGAACGAAUAAGAAGGAGAUUCAUCUGAGCAAGAACUUUGCCAUGCCCGUCUCCGAAGAUGCCAUUGCUGCUCUGAAGGAAAUUGGCCAGGACGGCGGUCGAACUGUGACAAUGCUGAAAAUCAACCCCAGCACCGAGACAGUGGAGCUCGUUCCCGAGGCACCCACGCCCAGCGGCAUCACAGACCUGACAAAGGCCAUCUCAUCUACCGAGCCGCGGUUCACCUUCUACCGUUACACUCACACGCACGACGGUGCCGAGUCGAGUCCCGUGCUCUUCUUCUACACCUGCCCGGCGACGCCCGGAAACAAGUCCAUCAAGUUCCGCAUGAUGUAUCCCUUGAUGAAGCGUUCCGUGCUUGAGGUUGCGGAGAGCCAGGCGGGACUUAAGCUUGAGAAGAAGUUUGAGGUGGAGGACCCUAGUGAGAUUACCGAGCAGUCGGUUCUGGAGGAUUUGCAUCCCAAGGCUGCGGCCCGACAGGGUUUUAGCCGUCCUAAGCGACCUGGUCGAUAG